AUGGCUACUGAACACGAACAACCACAACAGCUUCGAGACGUUGAAGCUAAGAUGCAAAUGGCACCACCACCACCACCUGCUGUGGUGCCUAACUAUGUCAUUGCCAAUCCUGGUCCAUUGGGCUUGAGCUCUUUCGCUUUGACCACCUUUGUCUUGUCACUUCACAACGCCGGUGCCGGUCUUCCUGCCGAUGGUCCUAGCAACGUUGUUGUUGGCCUUGCUUUGUUUUAUGGUGGUGUUGUCCAGCUUUUGGCCGGUAUGUGGGAAUUCAGAACCGGUAACACCUUUGGUGCCACAGCUUUCUCGAGUUACGGUGGUUUUUGGCUGUCGUACGCCAUGAUCUUUAUUCCCUGGAGUGGUAUUGAUGCAGCAUACAAGGCAACAGGUGUCCCCGAAUACGUGCUUCCUCAUUCUCUUACGAUCUUUUUGAUUUCUUGGGCUAUCAUGACCGCCGUUUUGUUGAUCGCUGCUCAUCGUUCAUCCAUUGGCAUGGUGCUUUUGCUCUUCAUGCUUUUGAUCACCUUUAUCUUGCUUGCCGCUGCCGAAUACAAUGCUAGCAUCCCAACCAAGGUUGCUGGUGGUGCCUUUGGUGUGAUCACUUCCAUCAUUGCUUGGUACAAUGGCCUCUCUGGUAUGCUUACCAAGGAAUCCUCUUACUUCACCCUUCCCAUGGGCAAGCUCAACUAA